AUGGCUGAAGCUCGCGUCUUCACCCUACGGCCGCUGUCAAAACCUCCCCGAAGCGACCUGCGCGAUUCCUUCCGCAUAUACCUCUCGGCAAGCUCGUUGGCUUAUCUCAAACUAUCCCCAGGCAGUCCCUGCUCGCUUCACUUGGAGGGAGGCAUCGAAAAGACUGCUGUGGCAUGGAAUGCUGUUGGUGACAUAAAAACGACGGUUGUGCAAGCGUCGAGCAUUUUGCAAGAAUGCUACGGUAUCAAGCUCGGGGAUAAGCUCACCAUCUCCAAGCUAGAUAGACCACUAAGCGAGGUUGAGAGAGUGCAGCUUGAAGAUUGUACUCAUCCGGACAAGCUCGCAGUGUACGGACCUUUAUCUGAUGCUACGGAAUCAGCCCAUUGGGAAUGGGCUCUGGAACAUCCCUUAUUGCAAUGCGGGGUUUUGUCAAUCGGCCUUACAUUCGAUGCUGAGAUCAAGGGUCAGUCUAGGACUUUCAAGCUUGUGGACAUCGCAACUGCCAACCCAACAGAUCAGACUAUAUCCCUCUUUACCGAGCGUUCACGUGUUCAGAUUGGCAAUGGGCCGAAAGAAACAAAAGUUCAGACUCUCCUUAAGGUCGACCAAAGUGGUUUGGGUGGGCUCACAGAUCAGAUACUUCGGUUGAACCAUUUGUUGGUGGACUUUAACUUACAAGCUCUGGGGGCAGGCAUGCCACAGUUUUAUAGACCAAGUCGAGGUAUUCUUAUUCACGGGCCGAAGGGUACGGGAAAGAGUUCACUGUUGCGCAGAUUUGAGGCAGCCGGCUGGCACAAGGCGUUUGCCAUCGGGUCAAAUCUCCUCUCUCGUAAUUCAGGCGACGGUGAGGCAAGAUUACGCAAGAUCUUCAGAGAAGCUUCUCAGUCGGAGCCCAGUGUGAUUAUAAUCGACCAGAUUGAUGCAAUUGCACCCAAAAAAACGUCUUCGGACGUAUCAUCCUUAGUUCAUGCUUUGUGCGAAAGUAUUGACGCGCUGGGAGAUGCCAAGGUUCUAGUUAUCGCAGCAACACGCCAUCCAAAUGAUGUCGAUGACUCACUUAGGACACCCCAUCGUCUUUCGGUGGAAGUCGAGGUUUCAAUUCCAACAGCGGCUGCUAGAAGAGAGAUUUUAUGUGCAAUACGUGACGGAUCAUCAGAGCCUAACGACUCUUUAUUGGAUUUCAUAGCAGAGAAAACCCAUGGCUAUGUUGGCGCUGAUCUAUUUGCCCUCUUACAAAUGAUCUGCCGUAAUGCCCGGGAUCGACUGAUUCCUAGUAUUGAGUUGGUGAGCUUGKCUACCCCUAUCAACAAUGAGGCAUCUGAAGAGAAGAACCCGGCAUGGCUAGUUAUAAACGAGGAUGAUGUUGUCGCGGCCAUGCAAGAUUUCCCUGAAAGGAUGCGAAGACUCAACGUGAAAAGCCGAAAGGGCAUCCUGCUCUAUGGCCCACCAGGUUGUUCGAAGACGCUGGUCGUCAAAGCUCUGGCUACCGAGGCUGGGCUGAAUUUCUUGGCCGUUAAAGGUGCUGAAAUUCUGAGCAUGUAUGUUGGAGAGUCGGAGCGCAAACUCCGUGAGAUUUUUCAAAAGGCCCGUGCUGCCAGACCUAGUAUCCUCUUCUUUGACGAGAUUGAUGCCAUUGCAGCGAAGCGUAGCGGCGCUAGCGGCGGUGUCAACGUUUUGACAACGCUUUUAAACGAGAUGGAUGGUAUUGAAGAGCUGAAAAAUGUCUUGGUUGUUGCAGCGACCAAUAAGCCCGGUGUUCUCGAUCCUGCUUUAAUGCGUCCAGGCCGUUUGGAUAAUAUUGUCUACGUCGGACCACCAGACUACGAUUCUCGAAAAGAGAUCUUCUCAAUAUGGACGAGCAAAUCAGUCGUUAGCGCAGAUUUGAGCAUUGAUGACCUUGCUGCCAAGACAGAAGGUUAUUCUGGUGCAGAAAUCGUCAGUUUAUGCGAGACUGCUGGAGAAGCUGCGUUAGAUGAGGAAGAUGAAAAGAAUCAACCACAAGAGAUUAUGUGGCAUCACUUUGAGACCGCAUUCACUCGAGUCAAAAGCCAAUUGACACACGAUAUUAUAGCGGAAUAUGAGCAGUGGGCCGAGAAAUCUGCAUUGUGA